AUGAGGCUUUCAAACGAUCAUUCUUCAUUUUCCUCAUGGCUCGCAGCCAUCUCACUCCUAGUCACAUUGUCUCCAGCAUCCUCCCUCUCUCAAAACACCACCACCGGCGCCGAAAUUGUCCAAGGAGCCCUCCGAAUCUACGGCAACGACUCCUACCCCAUCACCCAGCGACGACCUCUCCCUCUGGAUGCAGCCCGCUCGCGCUACCCUGGCUUCAAGCAGGAGAAUCUGACCCUCAAAGCCGGCACCAUCCGUCGCGAUGGCGCACUCACUCUGCCCUGCGACAUCCUCUUCGAGCGCGACGUCCCCGUCACCCUCCGCGAUGGUAUCACGGUGUACACCGACAUCUUCCGUCCUGCAACCACGAAUGCUACCGUGCCCAGCAUCAUCGCGUGGAGCCCCUAUGGCAAAGAAAUUGGCGGCCAGUGGCUCGACGAUGUCCAGGGUCGAUCCGGCGUGAACUUGUCGUCCGUCUCCGAGUUGCAGAAGUUCGAGGGCCCCGACCCAGCUUACUGGGUCUGCAAGGGCUACGCGAUUCUCAACCCAGAUAGCCGCGGCGCCUACUCGUCCGAGGGCAACAUCACAUACUGGGGUCGCCAGCUGGGUGAGGAUGGGUAUGACUUCGUCGAGUGGGCUGCAGAGCAAGCGUGGAGCUCGGGCAAGGUCGCAUUCUCGGGCAACUCGUGGCUAGCGGUGUCGCAAUGGUUCAUCGCUGCCGAAAAACCGCCUCACUUGACGGCGAUUGCUCCAUGGGAGGGGCUCACGGACUUGUACCGCGACACUGCCGUCAGAGGCGGAAUUCCGGCACCCGGUUUCCAGGAGUCAAUUCUUACCACUUUUGCUGGCAAAGAGUUUGUGGAAGACGUCCCUCGCAUGCUUCUUUCUGAGGGGCUCAUCACCCCCUACUGGCAAGACAAGGUUGCAAUGCUCGAGAAGAUCAAGAUCCCAGCGUACAUCGUGGCCAGCUAUACCAAUCUUCUUCACGCCCAUGGUUCAUUCGAAGGAUUCCGACGCAUUUCGUCAGAGGAGAAGUGGCUCAGAGUGCAUAAUACGCAAGAAUGGAAGGACUAUUAUAGCUCGGAACAUGUAGCCGACCUUCAAAAGUUCUUGGACCACUACCUCAUAGGCGAAGAUAAUGGAUGGCAGUCUACUCCGCGCAUCCGCCUCGCUGUUCUGGAUCCCGGUGCUGAGGACACUCUCGAUCGCGUCGUCGCAGACUGGCCAGUCCCGGGUCUCGAGUCGAAGACUCUCUACCUACAACCCAACAACUCACUUUCCUCCUCCCCUCUAUCCAACGAAACUAUCCUCAGCUACAAUAGCAGCUCUGCAUCCGGCAUUACGCUCGACUUCCAGGUCCCUGAGAUGAUGGAGUUGAUCGGUUAUUCAAAGCUCCGCCUGUGGCUGUCCUCCCCUGACGCCACCGACAUGGAAAUUUCCGUCUCCGUACAGAAGCUCUCCUCCAGCGGCACUGCAUUUCCCAGCACCGACAGCGAGAGUUCCAGCACGAUCGGACCUACCGGACUCCUCCGCGUAUCACAGCGUGAGCUAGACACCGACCUCUCCACGGACCUCGAGCCCUUCUUGGUACACACUUCGGAGAAGCUUCUGUCACCAGGCGAGAUCGUGCCCGUGGAUAUCCCUCUUUGGCCCUCCGCUCUCAGAUUCCACGCGGGGGAGCUGCUCAGCUUAAACAUCGCCGCAGCCUCAAUCACUCCCGCCCAGGCUGAUAUCGGCUUUGGCACGGCAAUCGUGCCGGUGCCUGCGACGGGAGGCACAUUCGAGCCCGGCCAGAACGUUUCGUUGAUCGAGUUGGGAGGUGACAUGGAUUCCAACCCGGCCUUUAUUAAUGAGCAGAGGGUCGAGACGCCAGUGAGUCGUAACAAGGGCAUGCACUUCAUCCACGUGGGUGGAAAGUAUGACAGCCUAUUGCUGUUUCCCGUCAACGGCACUACUAGAGCAACGGAAAUCUGCAAGUAG